AAGGACUCGAUGCAGCCAAUCACUGCUGAGAGAGCGUUGAUCGACAGAACUGAAAAUGGCGGAAAGCAGCGCGGAAAUCACAUUCAAAAAGGAGACGGUAAGCAAACUCCUGUCAAGCUUCUUCAAGGAGGAGAAAACUAAAGUCGGUGCCGAUGCUGUCAUCCUUAUGGCAGAGAUGCUACAUGUGUUUGUUCAAGAAGCUGCACAAAGAACGAUAAAACAGGCUGAGGCAGAGGACUGUGACAGAGUGGACAUAGAACACUUUGAGAAGAUCCUGCCUCAACUGCUGUUGGAUUUCUAGUAUGACUUCAGGCCAGAAGAUGGAGCCAGAGAGCUAUCCAGUCCUCAAUUCAUAAUUUGAGAGAUUAACCAACUCUUGGGGGACAAUGGAAGUAAAGAAAAAGGCUUCUGUUUUGUUUGUAAAAGUAAAUAAGCACUUUUAUUUACUUCCAUUGUCCUCCAAGAGUGGUUGAAUCUCCUCUACUUCUUAAUUCAUGCACCUUGGUUGGAGAGAGGUAGGGGCAGUGCUCCCUUCCCCCAGUCCUCCAUGCAGCCCAUUAAGGAUAUUAUAUUGUAAUUAUUUGAGUUACAUUGCACACGGUCUCUAAUGAACUCUGUACAUUUUGCCUGAGUUUGUUGUUUGAAAUUAUUUGAUACCAUUGCUAACUCAUAAAAGUUGUUGCAUGCUGUAAAUGUUUUUUGACAUCAGUCUGUGACACCUAUUUUCUUGGGGAGACAUGUAUUGAAAACCUAAAAGUGCUUUAUUCUAAUCAGUUGUGUGAUAGGACUUGACAUCUAGUACUCCAGCAGCACUGGGGGAGGAUCUGGUGUUUGACAAUAAAACAUAUACAGUGACGUUA